UACUUACAGAACAUAAUAACAUAUUUCGUGUACGAACAGUGCCGGUUGGUUCAUCAAAGUGGAGCGUUUUGCUCCUUGUGAUUAUUACUUCAAUUUUGUAGAAUAAUUCGCAAAAAUGAGUCAACAUCAUUCACACGAAAUAGAAGACCAUCCUGAAGUUAAAUGGGCUCUGGAACUACUUAAGCCAGAUCCCAAUUAUAAGCUCAGUGUAAUGCAGGAAUAUGCGCCUGAAGUUGUAUGUGUGGGAAGUGGUUUUACAACACAAUGUUUAUACAAUUAUUUUCAACGUAGGCCGUUUUAUGCUGGAAUAUACAGGCAUAUUAUAGCAAUGGCAGUAGGAUAUGUUGCAUCACAAGCUUUUAAGAAAUAUAAUGACGAUUAUAAGGCCCUACGUGAUACUAGACUAAGGGAUUAUAUCAUACGACAUCCAGAACUCUUUCCUGAACCAACACGUGUGAAAUAUGGUGAUUUGCUUCUGGAGUGGUGUCCAAUUCGUUAGAUAAUUACUACAAUAUGUUAGAUUCCAACGUUUUGGUCGUGUAUUCUCUGAUGCAGACAGUCAGUGCAGUUCAAUGCAAUGAAUGUAGAUGUACUGUGUUUGAAGUCUAAAGCGCACUUAUGUGGAUUGUUACACGGUGGACCUGGCAAAUUCGCUUUCUUCUUACAUGACCAUCCUUCGAAGUUAUGCAGAGCUUUAAUUGGUUUUGGAUCAGUCAUCCAUGUUAGUGCUUGCGUGGCGGUUACGAAGUAAACAUCAGGCCUGUAAAAAUAUACAUCAAUUUAUUACAAAAUUUUUAAUAUUUCAAUACAUUUAAAUAUAUUUUAUAUAUUUACACUCACAGUGUUACCACCCAAUCAAGAAAUUUCGACAGACCGCGUUCAAGCUCUUUAAUUUGAAACCAAUUUGUAUGGAAAGGCAUCAUAUAUGGUGCUCUGUUCUGUUCGUAAUAUCUGUUAAAAUCUUCUUGCAGCCAAUCGAAUACUUCUUCGGGAUCAUGAUUGUGAAGCACACAUUGAUCCAAAUAAGGACAAUGUCCACCUUCAUAACUCUCCACAUAAUGCGCAUUUAGGGGUAGUUCCCAAAUACCUACAAUAACACAAAUGUUUCUAUAUAACAAUAUGUUUUCUUUACUUUUUUUUGCAAUUUGACAAUUUUUCAUACUUUACAUUACAACUAAAUCUUUUCAUCAUACUUUCAGUACCUUGGAAAGAUUUGGUGGGACAGGUGCCUGCCUUACAUUCGUGUGGAAUCUUGUAAUCGAGAGUAUACGGCCAGAUCGGCACUUUUAACGGCGAGAUUCCUAUACUACUGUCAUAUAUGUAUCCAAAAUCCUCAAGUACCUUGUACUGAGUAUUACGACCAGGUUUCAAGUAAGGUGCUCGCAUACCGACUACUUCGCUGGUCGAAAUAUUGCUGAAGUGUUUCAGUAUCUCACGCAUCCCGAUCAUCUCGCCGACCCAUUCCUCGUAGCCCUUGUCCUCCAGACCUUUCUGAAGCCUGAAAAAUAUUUGCUUUGUCAGCCUAACAUUUCGGCGCAAUUUAAUAAGUCUGUUUUUUUUUCCAGUUGAAAUGGUUGCAUUAGUUUAGAGUUUAUGUCUUUCCUUUUAAUGUAGAGUAUAAAAGAUAAACUCUGAACUAGUGCAGCCAGUUCAGUUGAAAAGAACAGACCUAAUAUAUUCACGUUACUCACGAGAUCGUCUCGGUUGCAAUUUCAUGACCGUCGUGCGCCAAGCUCUGGACCAUAUUAUAGUUGCAAUACUCGUGAGAGAUGAAGAACGUGCCCCUCAACGGGCAAUUAUUGGGAUUCAGACGAUCUUGGGUGAAUAUCUUCUGAUAGUGAUCGAAGUUAUUGUGAUUUAUCGCACCAUCAAACGUCAUUAUUAUCAUUUGUGGCGUCUAAAAUAAUUCAAAUUGUAUUAAUGUAUGUUUGAUUAGAUUCUUUAGAAAUAUUGUAAGUCAUU